AAAAUUACCUGCUGGCUGAACUCAUCUUCCAAACAAUCAUGUGGAUGCAGGUGGCAGUGGGAGACAUUGCGAAGGUCACCAAUGGGCAGCAUCUCCCAGCAGACAUGAUCAUUUUAUCUACCAGUGAACCUCAGGCAAUGUGUUAUAUUGAAACAGCUAAUCUUGAUGGAGAGACGAACCUUAAAAUACGACAGGGAUUGAUUCAGACUGCUAACCUCCAGUCAAAAGAAGACUUGAUGAAAAUGGCUGGGAAGAUAGAGUGUGAAGGACCUAAUCGUCACCUCUAUGACUUCACUGGAAAUCUCCGUCUUGAAAGUCAAAGUCCAGUUCCAAUUGGACCUGACCAGAUCUUACUAAGAGGGGCACAAAUAAGGAACACUCAGUGGGUUUUAGGAAUAGUUGUCUACACAGGACAUGACACAAAACUUAUGCAGAAUUCAACCAAAGCUCCACUGAAGAGAUCAAAUGUAGAAAAAGUUACCAAUGUGCAGAUUCUCAUUUUGUUCUGCAUCCUUCUCGUCAUGGCUUUAGUGAGUUCUGUGGGUGCCUUACUGUGGAACAGAACACAUGGAGAAGUCAUUUGGUACUUUGAUUCCAAUGAAGUCCUAUCCACCAAUUUUGGAUACAAUCUGCUCACCUUUAUAAUCUUGUACAACAACCUCAUUCCCAUCAGUCUAUUGGUGACUCUGGAAGUUGUGAAAUUUACUCAGGCUCUUUUUAUAAAUUGGGAUAUAGAUAUGUAUUAUACUGAAACUGAUACACCUGCAAUGGCCAGAACUUCAAAUCUGAAUGAGGAACUUGGCCAGGUUAAGUAUCUAUUCUCUGAUAAAACAGGCACCUUAACAUGCAAUAUUAUGAAUUUUAAGAAAUGUAGUAUUGCUGGAGUAACAUAUGGUCACUUCCCAGAACUGGCAAGAGAAUGUUCGUCAGAAGAUUUCAGCCAGCUUCCGCCUUCUACCAGUGAAUCUUGUGAAUUUGAUGAUCCAAGACUUCUGCAGAACAUUGAGACUGAUCAUCCCACAGCCAUGCACAUCAAAGAAUUCCUCACUCUGCUGGCUGUGUGUCACACUGUUGUUCCAGAAAGGGAUGGAAACACAAUCAUCUACCAGGCCUCCUCCCCAGAUGAAGGAGCCUUAGUCAAAGGAGCAAGAAAACUUGGCUAUGUUUUCACUGGGAGGACACCACGUUCUGUUAUCAUUGAUGCGCUAGGAAAAGAAGAGUCGUUUGAGAUCCUUAAUGUGUUGGAAUUUUCAAGUAACAGAAAAAGAAUGUCUGUAAUAGUUCGGACUCCAGAAGGCCGACUACGUUUGUAUUGCAAAGGAGCUGAUAAUGUCAUUUUUGAGAGAUUAUCCAAAGACUCACAGUACAUGGAGCAAACUCUAUGUCAUCUUGAAUAUUUUGCCACAGAAGGUUUGAGGACUUUGUGCAUCGCAUACACAGACCUAUCAGAAAACUCUUACCAGGAAUGGCUGAACAUAUAUAAUGAAGCCAGCACGAACCUGAAAGACAGAACUCAAAAACUGGAAGAGUGUUAUGAGAUAAUUGAGAAGGAAUUGCUGCUUCUUGGUGCCACAGCUAUUGAGGAUCGCCUUCAAGCUGGCGUCCCAGAAACAAUAUCUACUCUAAUUAAAGCAGAGAUCAAGAUUUGGGUACUAACGGGGGACAAACAAGAAACUGCUAUCAAUAUAGGGUACUCCUGCAGGCUUGUUUCCCAGAGUAUGACUCUCAUCCUCGUGAAUGAAGAUUCUUUGGAUGCAACAAGAGCUGCAUUAACCCAACACUGUGAAAAUCUGGGUGACUCGCUGGGCAAAGAAAAUGAUAUUGCUUUGAUUAUAGAUGGCCAGACUCUGAAGUAUGCCCUUUCCUUUGAAGUCAGGCAGUCCUUCUUGGACCUAGCACUGUCCUGCAAGGCUGUCAUUUGUUGCAGGGUGUCUCCUCUGCAGAAGUCAGAAAUAGUAGACAUGGUAAAGAAGCAUGUGAAUGCCAUCACUCUAGCCAUUGGGGAUGGUGCCAACGAUGUUGGAAUGAUCCAGACGGCUCAUGUUGGAGUGGGGAUCAGUGGCAAUGAAGGCAUGCAGGCAACCAACUCCUCUGAUUAUGCGAUAGCACAGUUUUCCUACUUGGAGAAGCUGUUACUUGUCCAUGGAGCCUGGAGUUACAAUCGAGUGACAAAAUGCAUAUUGUAUUGCUUUUAUAAGAAUGUGGUUCUUUAUAUUAUUGAG